AUGCGGGCGCUGUUGUCGCCGUUCGGAGCGUUUGUCGUCGCCGCGAUCGUGAGUGUGGCGAAUCCAACGUUCAUGACGAGCGGGCGAGAGGCGAUACUGAUGAAACUUUACGAAAGGCAGAGCGGCGGCGAAACCUCGGCGUACGUCAAGGACGGCGUUUUGUAUCGCAUGGACGCGUCGGGGAGCAUGACGGCCAACGCGAAGGAUGGGAUCAUGGUGGAUAAGAAUGGGGGGAUAUGGGUGAUCGUUCCGCAGAAGGAUGAUGUGACGUUGAUCAAGCAGAAGUAUUACAUGGGACAGAUCGAAGACGUGCCGACGCUGCCGAAGAAUCCGUCGGCGGCGGAGCAGAAAAAGUACGACGAAUUCAUGGCCAAGUUGUUCGAUUUCGAAAAGCUUCCGAACGUUAAGAAGGUGUACGAUGGACCCUAUCCCGUGCCCGUUCGUAAAGAGACGGAGAAAUUCUUCCGCGAAGGGUUGCCCGCGAGCGUGAUGGAUGAAAUCGAAGGUGUGGGCGCGUUGUUUGAACAACGAUGA